AUGAUACAGGUUGCCCUCGACGAGAUUCAGCGGCAGACAGGUUGGGUCGGGAUAGUUCUAGUUAGAGGUCCAGAGCCGAAGCGCGGUGGCAGCAACAUCUAUUAUUGCUUCGGGACUCAGACCGCCCACCUGAAGAGCACGUUUCUGCAAUACCACCUAGACUUUGAAGACCACAUCGCGCAACCGUUCGCUCAGUAUCUACAGGCUUCAUUCCCAGCCGACGUUCGCGCCAAAAUGGCUCUACCCACUGUCCCGCCUUUGACGAGCGCCACUGUGCAAAUCAGCAUGGAUGGCACAUCUUUCAUCGUCUCCUCCACAGCCAGUGGUUCCAUUGGCUCAACAAUCGCAACGUUGGCAUCCUUGGAUACCGAUGGGGCCCAUGUGCAGGCUUCAGCAUCGUCUGCUCCGACCGUUGCAUCUUCCUCCUCAGCACCUGCCUCUGCAACGGUACAAGUCACCGUCGAUGCCAGCACUCCGCUCUCACUGAACAUCCGUGCGACCGCCUCUGCCAAUGUGACUAAUGGAUCCAUGUCAACGUCGGCCGUCGUGAACGUUGUGUCACCUCUCCACUCGCAUGCUGCAAAUUGCCCCGACAGCCUGGUCACUCGCUCACCAAGUUAUGGAUGGAGCCGCAGCAAUUCGUUUGAGGAGGAGCGGCUCGCCAACAUUGCGAGGAACAAAGCGGCUCUCGCACUGCUCAGCAACUUCACUCUGCCUACAGCGCAGCUGAAGAAGACUUGCAAGAAGGCCGCAAAGGGCUUACCAGUGACUCGCAAUUUGGGCCACCUCUCCAGUGGUCAAGAUCUUUUGAAUGACACAGACAACUCCCCGGACUCUCAGUUUGAAGCCGCAAACCCUUUGGCACCUGCUCCUGUUGCACCCGUGCCCCAGGUCAAUGUCAUUCUCACUGUCAUUGUCGCACCUGUGCCAGAGAUCGUCGGCCCUCGCACUCCUGUUGUGCAGUCUUCAGCGCCCAUCUCACCGGCACCAGAUAUUGUCAACCCUCCUGCUGUUAUCACGCCUGCACCUGCUGCGCCCAUGCCUGACAUCACUGCACUUCCAGCUCCCAUUCCCCUUGUGCUUCUGUGCACUCAUGCCAUGGCACCUGCGCCUGAUGUCAUCGCCCCUCCUGACAUCAUCGCACCUCUGGCUCAGCCUAUCCCCGCUCUACCUGUUCCCUCUGUCAUCGAGGUCAUCCCCACCGCUGCUCCUGAGCUAGAUCACAUGGCCAAGCCUGCAGUCUGCCUCUCGUUGUCCCUCUCAGACGACUCGCACCCGCUGUGGCUGCAGAAGGCUUUGCAGGUCGUCCGCAUUUUGCAUGGAGUACCGGAUAGCUGGGUGAACCUUCUUGAAGCCUUCAUCAUCUUUGAGUCGCAGUCGGGCUAUCCGACAAAAAGGGCAAACUCACUACUCUAA